GGUCGGGGUCGCGCCGGGCCGGCGGGGCGGCGGUUGGGCGGCCGGGGCGGCGCUGACGCGAGGCCCGCCCGCCCGCGCGGCCGGGGAGGCGGGACGGGGCGGGGCGCCCGCUGCUUCCCGGCCGCAGCCAUGGCCGACGAGACCCCCAGGAAAGGCGCCCUGUCGGCGCUCGUCGGGCACACCAACGGCCUCACCAAGCCCGCGUCCCUCGCCGCGGCCGCCGUCUCCUCCAAGCCCGGCGGCGGCGGCGGCGGCGGCGGCGGCUCCAAGAAACUAGUGAUCAAGAAUUUCCGAGACAGACCCAAACUGCCCGACAACUACACUCAGGACACCUGGCGGAAGCUUCACGAGGCGGUGAAAGCCAUACAAAGUAGUACCUCCAUCAGAUACAACCUGGAAGAGCUCUACCAGGCUGUUGAAAAUCUCUGUUCUCACAGAGUUUCCCCAACACUCUACAAACAGCUACGCCAAGUCUGUGAAGAUCAUGUCCAAGCACAGAUCCUUCAGUUUAGAGAAGACUCACUAGAUAGUGUUUUAUUUUUAAAGAAGAUUAACACAUGCUGGCAAGAUCAUUGCAGACAAAUGAUCAUGAUCAGAAGUAUUUUCCUGUUUUUGGAUCGCACUUACGUCCUUCAGAAUUCCAUGCUUCCUUCUCUCUGGGAUAUGGGAUUGGAACUUUUUAGAAACCAUAUCAUCAGCGAUAAAAUGGUUCAGAGUAAAAGUAUUGAUGGAAUUCUGCUGUUAAUUGAACGAGAGAGAAAUGGCGAAGCAGUGGAUCGCAGUUUAUUGAGAAGCCUGCUGAGUAUGCUGUCUGACCUCCAGGUGUAUAAAGAUUCAUUUGAACUGAAAUUUUUGGAAGAAACUAAUUGUUUAUAUGCUGCAGAAGGCCAGAGAUUAAUGCAAGAAAGAGAGGUUCCAGAAUAUCUUAACCAUGUAAGUAAGCGUUUAGAGGAAGAAGGAGACCGAGUCAUCACGUAUUUAGACCACAGCACACAGAAACCGCUGAUUGCUUGUGUGGAGAAGCAGCUCUUAGGAGAACAUUUAACAGCAAUUCUGCACAAAGGGCUGGACCACCUGCUUGAUGAGAACAGAGUGCCCGACCUCACUCAGAUGUACCAGCUGUUCAGCCGCGUGAAGGGCGGGCAGCAGAUCCUGCUGCAGCACUGGAGUGACUACAUCAAGACUUUUGGGACAACAAUUGUGAUCAAUCCCGAAAAAGACAAAGACAUGGUACAGGAUCUGCUGGAUUUUAAGGAUCGGGUGGACCAUGUGAUAGACGUGUGCUUCCAGAGAAAUGAGAAGUUCAUCAACUUGAUGAAGGAGUCCUUCGAAACGUUUAUCAACAAGAGGCCAAAUAAGCCCGCGGAGCUGAUAGCAAAGCACGUUGAUUCAAAGUUGAGAGCGGGUAAUAAAGAAGCAACAGACGAAGAGCUGGAGAGGAUUCUUGACAAGGUCAUGAUAAUAUUCAGGUUCAUUCACGGGAAAGAUGUCUUUGAAGCAUUUUAUAAAAAAGAUUUGGCCAAAAGACUCCUGGUUGGGAAAAGCGCCUCAGUAGAUGCUGAGAAAUCGAUGUUGUCAAAACUAAAGCAUGAGUGUGGCGCCGCUUUCACCAGCAAGCUGGAAGGCAUGUUCAAGGACAUGGAGCUCUCCAAGGACAUCAUGGUCCAGUUCAAGCAGUAUAUGCAGAAUCAGAGCGACCCGGGCUCUAUAGAUCUAACAGUGAACAUACUUACGAUGGGCUACUGGCCCACAUACACGCCUAUGGAAGUGCAUCUAACUCCAGAAAUGGUUAAACUUCAGGAAGUAUUUAAGACAUUUUAUCUCGGAAAGCACAGUGGUCGAAAACUUCAGUGGCAAACUACAUUGGGGCAUGCUGUUUUAAAAGCAGAGUUUAAGGAAGGAAAGAAGGAGUUCCAAGUGUCCCUCUUCCAGACGCUGGUGCUCCUCAUGUUCAAUGAAGGGGACGGGUUCAGCUUUGAAGAAAUAAAAAUGGCCACGGGGAUAGAGGACAGCGAACUGCGAAGGACGCUCCAGUCCCUGGCCUGUGGGAAAGCACGAGUUCUGCUUAAAAGUCCCAAAGGGAAGGAGGUGGAAGACGGGGACACGUUCACGUUCAAUGGGGAGUUCAAGCACAAGUUGUUUCGGAUAAAGAUCAACCAGAUCCAGAUGAAGGAAACCGUGGAAGAACAAGUCAGCACCACCGAGCGUGUGUUUCAGGACAGACAGUAUCAGAUUGAUGCCGCUAUUGUCAGAAUAAUGAAGAUGAGAAAGACUCUUGGUCAUAAUCUUCUAGUUUCUGAAUUGUAUAAUCAGCUGAAAUUUCCAGUAAAGCCUGGAGAUUUGAAAAAGAGAAUUGAAUCUCUUAUAGACAGAGACUAUAUGGAGAGAGACAAGGACAAUCCGAAUCAGUACCACUACGUGGCCUGAUGUGUCGGCCGCCCUUUUCUCUCAGCGAGACACUAGAAUGUAUCUUCAGAGCAGUGAAGCACUUCCGUGCUGUUUCCAGGACUUCUGACAUUGAGCCAGCACGGAGACUUUGGGAUUCGAGGGAAAAGAGAUGAUUCUUGGAUCACCCUUCACAAAGUUUGAGGGUUUGCGAAUGGCAUAUGUGUCUUUCCCUCCAGUUCUUCCUCUUAACUCUCUUUGGUGUUUAAAUCGUUUCUGUUGCUCUGUUGCAGAAUGACUUUGAGAUUGGACAAGAAGAUGUUGGUUAAAAGAGUGUCCUUUGUCACAUGGUGCUCUUGUGGCAGAAAGCUGAAGGUUUGGUUUGGUGCGUGUGUGGUCAUGAAGGCACGGCUGAAAAGACCCUCCGUGCUGCAUUUGCGGGCGGCAGAGGUCCUGAAGGCAGGCUCUCUUAGUUGACGGACGCUUAUUAGGAACGAGAGCCCUCUGUGGGCAAGCAUUAGGAAGAGGCAGUCGGUGUCAGACACUGGCUGAUGGAUUAUGCAACCUAAUCCUGGCAUCUCUUUGUUUGCUUUACUUUCCAUACGUUUGAAGCUCCGAUGGCUGACUUUUUAGAGCGAGCUUUCUCGGUGAGACCACUCCCGUGUGCCGGGACAACACCGGGUCGGGCGUACCUGCCGCAGGAACCCAUGCGCAUCUUUGUUCUACUUCCACUGAGUUGUUUGUGAAUUUUCUGUUUAGGGGUUUGGGGGACGGUGUGUUUGUGUUUACUCUUCCAGGAUUGCGUCUAGCAGCCCGUUUGUGCAUCGGGGUAACUGCUGUUUGAUUUGUUUAAUUGCUCGAAUAAAGUUUGGUUUGUUUUUACAGUCCUGUGCAGGGACGGCUGUUGCUCUCUGUGCUGUGACCACUGUAAAAAGUUCUCUAGGAGACUCCAAGUUUUGAUAUUGUGAAGCAGAGGUUAUUUUGUCAAAAGAUUAAAAGGACUUUGUUGGCACCUGGUUUCAUGUGUGUGUGUGUAGGUGAGGUUGAGCAGGGGGACGAUGAUGUUAGUACGUAACUGUAACAAAGAUACUUUUCUGGUAACAUUUAAAAGUACUUUAUAUUUUACAUAAUAGCAUGUUUCAUUUUGAUUAAAAGCUACCAAAGGAAUUUUGAUCAUGGUAUGAGUGUUUAAAGCAAUAUUUUCUGGAAUAUACCAAGUUUAUAUAAUUUAAUUUUGUGCUAAAUUAUUAAAAAUUUCUCCCUUUUUGAAACAUGCGUGUUUAAAAUAUGACAUCUUAUGGGUUUCCAUGUGAAAAUCCUCACCCUUGAAGUAUCAUUAUUUCUAUAUUUGUAAAUUUUCAUUUGUCAGUUCUAUAAUAUGUGGUCUGUAAAAGACCAAAUAGAUUUCUACUUCUUAAAUUUUACGUUUAUUGUCUCUAGAGAUUGUUAAUCUUGUAAUUUAAUGUAGACUUAACUCUGAAUAAAAUUAGUUUAAUUGGCCUUAAAAUUAUAUUAAUAAAACCUGUGGUAUGCAAA